AUUUUUGAAGGGAAUCCUGUGAUAUCUUCUACAUCUAUUAGCAGCAUGUUGAUAAACCCCGCUUUUGAAAAAGCAAUAGCUCUCCAAAAAUGGCAUGAUAGGAAGAAGGCACAACACAAAGAUAUAACUGUACUCCCAAGUUUACUGAUAAAAAAUGCUAAACAAGUGAAGAUUGUGGAUAUCAUAGAUGCUUCGUUUGAUGAUAAAGAGGUCAAAUAUUGUAGAUUUAAUGCAAAAAUCAAAGAUAUAUUAAAUAAAGAUGACCCAUGGUAUUCUUCUUGCAAGAGAUUCUACAAGAAAGUGGACUUUAUAAAUAAUAUUGCAAAAUGUCCCCGUUGUCGCAUAGAAAAAGUUGAUUAUGAGGAAAGAUAUCUUCUAAAGCUUGAGGUGUUUGAUAAGAAAGAGCACUGUUAUGUUACAUUGUUUGAAGCUACAAGAUACUUGCUUGGUUGUGACGCUAAAACGUAUACUGAAUCAAUAUCUCCCAAGAAAGAAGAAUCCACAUUUUACCGUAAAUUGGUGUUGAGUAAGGAAAAGGAAUACACAUUUCUUGUCAAAAUUGAUGCAAGAAACGAAGGAGAUCGGGCUGGACGGCGCCUCAUUGCAGAGGAAAUACAGGAAGUUGAAGAAGCUAUUGCAAUUAACAUAGAAGAUGAAGAUAUAGAAUUGGAAUCACCAAUCAGGAAGACCAAACACAUUGAGGAUGACACUGAUGACAAGAUAACUUAUAAAAGAGUCAAAAUUGAAAAGAAUUAGUGGUGUUUUAUUCUCUAAUAAGUUUAA